AUGAGUAAAUCAUCAUCGGGUAGAGGCCGGACUAGAUCGUUUCCUAUCGUCAUCUCUCCGCAGGAGGUCCGCGAUCUUACGACAGAAGUUAAAACUGCUGUUGAGCAGUUGCUAAGCAAUUGUUCUUCAAAUGUUAACACGCCAGAUUACGAAAAAUUAUAUCGAAACGUGUACACUCUGAUUUUACAUGGGCACGGAGAAAGCUUGUACAAUGGAUUAAAAUCCGAUAUGGAAGAAGGCUUGAGAAAGAUUAGGGCGGAUAUUCUAAUUUCGUUGGAAGAUGACUUUCUCCAGAAAUUGAGUCAUGUUUGGGCGAAUUAUGAUACGUCCGUAAUUAUGAUAAGGGAUAUUUUCAUGUAUAUGGAACGCGUCUACGUAGCAGAAAAGAAUAUCGAUGGGGUUAUCCGUUUUCCUGCCAUAAAAAAUAAAUUGAGGGAAAUUAUUCUGGAGUUAGUUGUACAAGAUUUCCGAGGAGAAUUGCCUCAGUUUGAAUGGCAAGAUUGUGUUAAAAAUAUUAAAGAGGUUUCCCAAAUGCUAAUCAAACUCGGGGUGAAGGACAAUAAUCCUUCCAUUUAUGAGGAAAUUUUUGAGGAACCAUUUUUACUAAAAGUUGUGGAAUUUUAUAAGAUUGAAGGUGGCAAGUAUUUAGAAGAUAAUAACGCAAAUUUGUACAUCUCACAAGUUGAAGAUCGAAUUAGAGCAGAUAUGAAUCGUGUCCAGCUUCUCAGUCUGCAUGAAUCAACUGGAACAAAACUACUUCAGAUUAUGGAGGAUGAACUGAUCACAAAAAAUAUCUUGACUCUUAUGGAAGUUGAUAUGGGUGGGGUUGAAGAUAGCCUGAUAAACCGGAAGGAAGAAAAUUUUACUCGUUUACAGAAUUUUGUGGGGAGAGUGGAAGGCGGCAAGGAAAAAUUGGGAGCAUAUAUCACAAGCUAUUUGAAUGAUCAGGCUGACCCAAAUUUGCCAAGUUUUGAUGGACAAAGUAUUUCCUGGAUUGGAUGA